UCUGGCGACCGUUCUGUAACAAUUGCAACAGACGUUAAACGAGCUACAACGAUGGAUCUACGACUGCUAUAAACUUGACCCCAUUCGAAGAUGCGGUGAUCAUGCUUCGAAGGAGUGUCUCAAGAUGCUUCACUGGCGUAGAGAGGAACCGUUAGAUUGUGACAUGGACUUCGUAACUCUGACUGGUUGGGAAUAAAUGCCAUAAAACGUUGCUGUAUGAAAUCUAGCGCGCUUUAUAUUUCCUUUUCUUACCAUAUCAAUGGACGCGUGAGGUCACUCUUCCACAGCGCCAGCUUCCCUUCCGUCAAGUGCUGGAAUAAUUACAAUUAAUUAAGAGGAGCAUAAAAGAGAGCACGCGCCGGCUGGACCGAAAUAACAGCUUUACACGAAUUAUGAAUGGAACACGCUGCAUUAUCCUUGCAUUUUCUUUGUUCAAAUGAUCUAAAAUUUCUUUCUCUUUGAUCAAUUAUUGUUUGUUUGACAAAAUAUCUAUUUUUACAGGUGAUGUUACAAGCUUCUACCAGUUAUCAACUAUGGAACAUUCUUCUUAUUGAGACUGUGACUCUGAGUUAUUAAGUUCCAAAUGAGUUACUCACCAAUAGCUCGUCCCCAUCGAUCUUUCGUUUUGCGAUCGCUUUGCAACAUUCUUCUAGACCGUUCUGCAAAAGAAGAGGAUACCGGUUCGAUAAAACAGGAUGCGCAAGAGUGAUAACGCGCGGGAUUUCGGUGCGGAGUUCAUUGUACCAGUGUUUGCUGUUGACAGUACGAUGCAUUACCGGAGUUUACUCACCUUUCGGAGCAGGUCGCAAGAUCUUUCGGUCGUUCAUUUUUAUGCACCAUGGGCCAGUCAGUGUACGCAGAUAAACGAUGUGAUCGAAGAAAUGAGCAAAUUGGACGAAUAUAAAGGAGUUAAAUUUGCUAAGAUCGAAGCUGAAAAAGUACCUGAUGUUUCUUUAAAAACAGGCAUCACUGCAGUACCAACGGUUGUGUUAGCAAGAAAUGAUUCUGUAGUUGAUAGAGUUAACGGAGCCAAUCCUUCUGCUAUAGCAGCAAAAGUUAAAUAUUAUUUAGUUAAUAAAGAGUCUGUUCCAAUUGAAGUAUGUAAGCCAAAAGAAAAUCUUGAGGAUAGACUUAAGAAAUUAAUAAAUCAAUCACCCUGUAUGCUGUUUAUGAAAGGAAAUCCUGCGAAUCCACGUUGUGGAUUUUCUAGAACGAUAGUCUCCAUUUUAGACUCUUGUAAAGCAGAUUAUCAGUCAUUUGAUAUUUUACAAGACAAUGAUGUUAGAGAAGGACUUAAAAAAUUUAGUAAUUGGCCAACUUAUCCUCAAUUAUAUGUAAAUGGAGAACUUAUUGGCGGUUUGGAUAUUGUAAGGGAAAUGAGUGAAUCUGGAGAAUUGGAAAGCAUGUUGCCUAAGAAAAGUUAAUGUAAAACAAAAAUUUUCCGGCUAUCUGCAAUAAAAGAAACAAUUUGACUACUUGAAAGAAUUCAACAGAGAAAUAAAUAAUUGAAAUUAAAUGUUAC